AGGUUGGGCUGGCCAUCCGGGCAUGGGCCUAGGCAAGGCAGGUCGCCCACAUUCUCCGGCUCGAGCGGCGGCCGUCAGCUGCGCGGGGCUCCCCGUCGGCGGCGCGCACCGCCGGCCGGUGGCGGUGCGCCAGCGGGCAAGCUUCCCCUCCUGCAUCUUACCUGCAGGACGCCCCCCAACAAGCAGGCAGCGCAGUUCCCUUGGCUUCCCAGUGAUUGGCCAGACCAUCUCCCUACUUCGUGCUCUCCAUAGUAAUACUGAUUACCAGUGGUGCCAGGACAGGAUCGAGAAGUAUGGUGCUGUGUCCAAGAUGUCACUUUUUGGCUCGCCGACAGUGCUGUUGGCUGGCCCAGGGGCCAAUCACUUUGUAUUCAGCAACCAGGACCUCAUUUUCACCGAGACAAAGGCGAUCAACGCCCUCGUUGGGCGGUCCAUUCUGACACUCUCAGGUGAGGAGCUAAAGCAAGUCCGCGGUGCUCUACAUGGCUAUCUGAGGCCAGAGAUGGUUACAAAGUAUAUGCGGAAGAUGGAUGAGGAAGUCAGGAGGCACAUUGACCUGAAUUGGGUUGGUCAUAAGACUGUCACGGUUGCGCCAUUGGCAAGGAGGCUUGCCUUUGACAUCAUCUGCUCAGUCAUCUUUGGACAAGGGGUAGGUCCCAUCAGAGAAGCCCUUGCUGCCGACUUUGAGACGAUGGUGAAGGCCAUGCUAUCAAUUCCAGUGAAUAUACCCUUCACCAAGUUCAACAAAGGCUUGAACGCUAGCCGGAGGAUCAGGAAGGUGCUGAGGCAAAUUGCUCGUGACAUGGAAGGAGCAUUGCAGCAAGGCUAUUCUAGUUCAGCUGAUGAUUUCUUCACAUACAUGCUUGUUUUGCGCUCCAAAGGCACACACUCGCUCACAGUAGAGGACAUUGUGGACAAUGCAAUCGUUCUCCUGGCUGCCGGUUAUGAAACAUCGUCUGUUCUUAUCACCUUCUUGAUCCGGUGCCUAGCCAAUGAGCCAGACAUCUUUGGCAAGAUAACUGAUGAACAAGAGGAGAUUGCUAGGAGCAAAGGACCUAAUGAGCCUUUAACCUGGGAUGAUGUCUCAAGGAUGAAGUACACAUGGAAGGUGGCAUUGGAGAUACUACGGACAAUUUCUCCAAUUUUUGGAAGCUUCCGAACAGCUAUCAAAGACAUUGAAUACCGGGGCUAUCACAUUCCAAAAGGCUGGCAAGUCUUCCAUGCUCAAAGUAUCACACAUUUGGACGGGAAGUUUUUCAACGAUCCGAUCAAGUUUGAUCCUACUAGGUUUGACAACCAGUCUUUGAUCCCACCUUAUUGCUUUGUGCCAUUUGGGGGAGGUCCAAGUAUGUGCCCUGGAAACGAGUUUCCGAGGACUGAGACAUUGGUAGCCAUGCACUACCUAGUGAGACAGUUCAGGUGGAAAUUGUGCUGCAAAGAAGAAGGUUACAGGAAAGAUCCUCUUCCGACGCCUGUUCUUGGACUCCCAAUUGAACUUGAGACCAGAACCCCCCCUGAAUAUGCUCAUGCUUAAAAUGAUCCAUAUGUUUCUGUCUACUACCAUGAAUUUCAGUUUUUGGUUUCUCCAGAUGGUUUACAGAGUUGGGAGUGUUGUAGAUGUGAAGGUUGUGGUAAAUUAUUCAGAAAUGCAGUGACACGUUAUCAUUGUGUAGAAAAAUGUGGACUGGCGUAUAGUAUUAUAAUCUAAUUAUAAAAACAGAUGCCUAAGGGGUUCAUUUUCUUUCUGUUUUUAUUUAAAAAAAGAAAGGUCUACGGUGUGCCAUUAGGUAAUUAAAUCAGCCAGCUAGCUAGUUUAUCUGCACAUUUAGCUCUUCUGAUGUGAAGUUCUAGUUAGGUUAGUUUCAAGCGUUUUUGCAGCCUCUCCUCCCUGCCAGGCCUUAUAGUACUCAUAGAUGUGCUCCUGCAUGUAUACUCUAUGAUUCUGUUAGGUUUUCUUUGAAUUCUGGUUUAAAGAAACCAGUUCAUAUCCAGCCUUUUUUUUCUUAAUCUGUAUCUAUCUUUUUAACUUGUGUCUAAUAAUAUGGGAUUGUGAUCUGAUCCAGCUUACCCUA